AUGAUCUCAACGACAAAAGUAAGUUUUUGUUUUUCAAGAAGGUUUGAAGACGUUAAAUCUCGUCACAGAAACCAAAAACUUCAGAGUGAGAUUUAAGGCUUCACAAUAUCGGAAAAAACUAACCCUGCGAUAUGUGUGACGAUAUUUAAAAAACAGAGUAAUUUUCCUCCUCAGAUGACCUGAAUCUGAGUUUCUGCUGAAGUCUUGAGGACAGUUAACCUGCUCUGAUCUGUUAGUCGACUGUCUUCUGUCUGUCUCAGAGAUAUUUUAGUUUUUAUUGUUCUGGGACGUUACCGUGGAAACAGAUGAACACAGAACACGUGUUUUAGUCCACAUCAUCCUUCUUAUAACUGAAACACGUCUUCUUCUUCGGUGGUUUUUCUCACUUCGUUUCUCAUUUUACAAUCGUCGUUGUUGUUGUUAACGGUGUUGUGCCCAGAAUUGCAACCCCUCAGAAACGCGCACCGCUUACAGUAGAGUGGUCCACGUAAAUGUAAAAUUUAAACCCAUACAGUUCUUAUUUGUUGGAUAAACAGAGAUGAGGAAUGUUCACAAAGUUAUUCUCGGCGGGUAUGAGUUUCUCGUCAGCGCCAGCGACUCACUCCAUGUUUGGGGGCGUGGUUUCCUCCUCGGGGUUGUCUAUCACGCACACGUACAUCCUGAUGACGAUGCUCAAACGAUAUAUCGUGCAGCCCUAGUUAGAUUAAUCAAUUAUUGCACUAAAAUGUGAAUGAAGUGUCUAACUCUAAAGCUGACCGUUUGAUCACUACAAACAUCCGUCCACUCCUUAUUUUAAGCGUUUCUAAAUGUCCCUUUUUAACUUCUGUAAAUGUGUUUAGUGUAUCUGAAUACAAAUGUUCGUUUUUCUCUGUAUAUAAAGAGUCAAAGACGAGUCAGAAAUAAAGAGCAGGACCAUCAUGUUGGCAGAUACAAAGCUGAAUUAAAGUAUAUUUACAAAAGUGCCAUACAAGAAAACAUGGUCAUUUAUCACAGGAAGCUCCACCCUCAACAAAACAGAUCCACAGCUGGAGGACUGACCGUCACCUCUCUGUCUGACUAUGAGAAGAAGAAGAAAUUUGACCUCCUCUUCAAAAAGACAAACGAACAAAGAGAGCAGAGCAGUCUGAACUUUAGGAUAAAGAAACUAAACUCAUUUAGACGAUAAGAAACAGACCUGCAGCGCCACAGUGAGGAGAAGUUGUUGUUUUGUUGUGUUGACGGGUCAGAAGUGUUCAGGAGUGUUUGUUCUAAAACCUGAAAUAAAUAAAAUAUAUUCUCUAAAAACAUGAAGUCAAGAGUUUCUCUGGAUUCAGUUAAAGGCGGAGUCGACAGGAAUCUGAUUUUUUAUGGUGUAAAAAGAAAAAAACUUCUGAUAUCAGUCAAUAGUUAUUAGUUAUUGAUGACAUUUGGUAAUAUAUCGAUAUCUCUGUGUUCUCUUAUGUCUGUGUCGUCAACAUUUGAACAUUUUUGAGCGGUCCGCUCUUUCUGACUGUAAACAAAGCCGUUCUCCACCUCCUCUAACCUGAUUGGUUGUGAGGCAGACGCUGCUCCCCCGUGUCGUUCAGGAGCCCAAACAAAGUUAGCGUGCUACAAUAUCGGACAGUAGAAACCAACCAGAAAGUUCGGAAAAUUGUCUGAAUCCUCCUUUGGCCACGACUGCCGACACAAGCAAGAAAACAAAGUAAAUACCGGAGACUCUGGAGGAAUAACGGGCGCUUAAAACGGAGGUAGACCGGACAAGAGCUAAAAAGCCGGGUCAACAUAAACGAUGGGGGACGCUUGGGGAUCUUGGUGACCCUGUAACCUUUCUGCUGGACAGGUAAACCGCUUUAACAAAGUAAGACAAGUGUCUGUAACAGAAGUGUUUCUUGUCAAACGGACCUGCUGUAGCGUGUUGUAGCGCCAUCGCUAAACUGUCCUCCCUCGGGUCCUGGACUAUGUCACUUUAUCCUCGUUGUAGAAGUCCUGCAAACAUUGUGUUUGCUGGUAGUCUGUUGGCAUCUACAGUAGCACCAAUGCUUUUGACUUUCACCUUGACUGGGCCCCAUUUGUAAUGAUCUGAAGUAUUUAUCUGCAUUAUAUCUGAAUUUAACUGGAACGAUACGAGCGAGCAGGAGCGUCUGUUUGUGGGCGGGGCUUGAGGGGAAAACUGGUUGUGAGGGGUCGAGUUUACAUUCAAGAUCUCUCCUAAAACUGGAACUUCAUCAGAUCCUGACUACAACACCUUUUUAAAGAGUCAAAUCUGAAAAAAAAAUCCAGUGACAGCGAGAAACAGAAUUGGCUUUAAAUCGUUUAUAUUUGAAAAGUUUCUUUAUGGAGAAACUCUGAGUAACAUUUUGCUGCAAUACCACAAGUGACCACCGUGUAAUAGAUGGCGCUGUGGUCGGAUCUUUAGUUUCUGGCCCGGCUGUUCAGAAGGUCUAAUCUGGAUCAGAAUAAUCUGGAUUUGGAAACUUGAUUCUAAAAUGUAAAGUUUGGAUGUUUUUUCAGGACUUCAUCGUAGUUGUUCAUGCUCACCACUUCAUCGAGGACUCCUGUGGAAACCAAAGACCAGGACCAGCUGGAACUCAAACCUGGAGCUGAUCGUCUAGAAAGACCUUCAUGAAGCUCAGAGACACAAACUGGAGGUAACUUUGAUUUUUUUUAUACAAAGGCGUGACGUUCAGAAAAAAAAGAAAAAAAAAAAAAGAAGCCCGCUGCAAAUAAAAAAAGAAACAGUGCAGAUAAAACAAACCAAAAAAAAAAAAAGCCACAACGAAGUAAACGACGAAAAAAAAAAUAAAAAGAUCGUAAAACACCGGUGCAUCAUCAUUAUUGUUCCCCGGCAGUUCACUUCUGUUGUGGCUUUUUUAUUUGCAUCUUUUUAUUUUCGUAGUCAGUAACUUUUUUUAAUUUUUUUUCCAUUGCCACUUUUUUGUGCGUCGUUAACAUCCAUUGUGGCUUUUCCUUUUAUCUGCACCGUUUCUUUUAAAUUUGCAGCGGGCUUUGGUUUCUUUUUUUUUAAUUUUGCAUCAGUAACUUCCGCUGUGGCUUUUUUUUUUUUUUUUCUUCCAUCGGCACUUUUUUUGCAUCGUUAACUCCUGUUGUGUUUUCCUUUUGUCUGCACCGUUUCUUUUUGAUUUGCAGCGGGCUUCAGUUUCUUUUCUCCUUUUUUUUUUUUGCAUUGAUAAUUUCCGUUGUGACUUCUUUUUUCUCCCUUUUUUUUUUAUUUUGCAGCAGUGGCAGUUCGCAGCCACCACAGAAUGGAGCCGAAACGAAAGUUUUCAUAAACGCCCGUCUGAGUUUUAUCAUCUGCUUCUCUGCAGGUGUGUCUCAGACUGA